AUGCUAGCUCCCGUCAUGCUGGGCGAUCGCAGCUCGAGGCCGGCAGCUCGGAAAGUGCCCUUGGAGUUUCAUGACGCCAAGAUGCGAAAGCGAUGGAUGCCCAACCCCCCGCGACCCGCGACAGCCAUGGCGGCGAUGCGAUCGGAUGAGAGAGAAGAGCAGGAGGUGUUGGGAGUGCUCAAUCACAGCCUGUUGCGGCAGCGCGGCUCGUCUGUAACCUCCAUGUCCCCAGGAGGAAUACGAAGCAAGUCAGCCUUCCAGCCCUCUUCUCCUUCCGUUCGCUCUAAGAACAUCUUUUCUGCUUCUUGUGUCGGCAUGAAUCAAAUUCUCGCCAUGUCCCAAGACCCUUCACUUGUUGAGAAUGCUAAGAAUCUAAGAAGACACGUGAUCCAGGGAGUCCUCACCCUGGGAUCAUCAGCGCGGCUGAUCGUGGAGUACGAGAGGUUAAGACAAGGAGAGAUCUUGACGCCUGAGAUGAGGAGGACCAACGAGGUCUGCGAGCAGCUCGAGAGCAUGUGCGACGAGCUGAGAAGGCAAAACUUCUUGAACGUCACGAUGCAGCGGCUAGAGGGCUACGUGCGUCGAGGAUCUUUUGAGGUCUACUUAAAAUGGUUCUGGAGGAACGAACAGUAUUGUGUAACGUUGACGUCCCUUCUCAACUCAAGGACUCUGCCAAACGUCGAGAGCCUCCUGAGCCUGCUAUCGUCCAACUGGCUCUGGGAUGACUCCGUCGAGAGUCACUCCAAGUCUCUCCACCAUGCUGAGAGAGCGCGCGCGUGCGUGUGGGUGCUGGACGGCAUGACAGGGCUUCCUGUGUCGACGUCCUUCAUCAAGGUGGCGAAGGUCGGGUCAGAGGAGGGGGAGAAGAGGCAGCCGAGGAUACAAGAGUGGUUCCCCGGGGGCUCCGACUCCCUUCCUGCUCAUGUGCUCCUGCUCGAGAACAAGGAAGCUUCCAUCAACUGCCUCCUUCCCUUCGGCGAACUUGAGAUCCAGUCUCCCAGAGACUCGUCGCAGCCCUUCAUGGUGCUCAAGACGCCCAAUGCUGGGCAUCUCUGCUAUGGAGAGGAGCGCGUGGGUGUGCUGGGACGGGAGUCGCUGUCAGACAAGUACAUGUUCGAGGCUGCCGCCGACUGGUGA